CGCGAGCGACGACGUGCAGGCUCGCGCCGCGCACGGGACGGAUUCGGUCGUCCGCACACGCGACGUGAAAGCCAGCUUCACGAACGAUGGCGUCCACAUCGCGCGCGUUCUCGCUCGCGUCCGCGGUGCCGUCGCGCGCGAAAUCGAAAGCCGCGAAGCGAUGCGCGCGAGCGGGAGCGGCCCCGGCGGGGAAACCUCGCGGGAUGCGCGGGUCCACGACCGGCGCGCCGCGACACGCGGGCGUGGAGACGAUGAACGACGAUGUUGGAGUCCCGAGCGGCGUCUCGAUGGCUCGUAAGACGCGAAGGGGGACGGUCGUCGCGCAGGUCGGCGACAUCCCCCCGGGCAUGCCGCGGUUCCAGGAAGACCCCAAAGGUUUCUGGGAGAUCUUCUUCGGGAAGAACCCGAACAAGGGCAAGAUCCACGCGCAACUGAAGCACCGCGCGCUAUCGCUGCUGCCGUACCUCAUCCCGUGCAUGGGCGCGAUCGCGUUCACGGGCGAGGCGUUCAUGGCGUACCCGGUUUGCAUCAACAUAGCGCUCGCCAUCUCGCCGCUGCUCCAGAUCUUCUACAGCAACUCGUUCAUCCCGUUCGUGACGUUCUUCACCCUGUUCCUGACCGUGGUGAGGAACACGACGAUGCCGCACUUCGUGCGGUACAACACCAUGCAGGCGAUCCUGCUCGACAUCUGCGUCAUGCUCGCCGGGCUCAUCAUGCAGUACCUCCCCAUGUACAUCACGACGUCGUUCAUCGGCGACAUCCUGGAGCUCGGGACGCUCACGAACGCGCUCCUCGCGAUCGGGUACUGCAUGUGGAACGUGAUUCAGGGUAUUUACCCGGAGAUUCCGAUCAUCACCGAGGCGGUGUACGCGCAGGUGCGGGAUCAGUGAGCGAGCGGCGGGCGACGCGACGCGACGCGACGAACGCGGACGCGGACGCGGACGCGAACGAGGCGAGCGGAGGGGCGGACGCGGCGGCGGACGGAGGAGAGACGCGUGCCGUGGCGCGGAGGAGCGAGAGGCGUUCGGUCGGCGAAGACUCGAGCCAAACGCGGAGUAAUAAACCUCGCACGACGACGGCGGCGACUUAGUAGAGAGACAUAGACACCGAUGCAAUCGACGCGCGUGCGAGGUUGCGAAA